GGAGGGUGAUGGCAGGAAAAGGAAAACCUCGUCGCACCGUCGCCGUCGCAGCCGGAGCGGUAGCAACAAUAGCCGACACCGCACUCACCGUCGCCAUAAGUCUCAUCGUCGCAGUCCUCGACGCGAUGAAACGUCAAGGAAAAGGCGUGAUGAAGACCCCAGCGGACGCCGAAAACGCGAAAGGGGCGAUGAAAAAGAGGCAAGGCGGCAUCAGCGACGACCGCGCGGUAGUCACCACCCAGAGGAGGAUGAAGAGAGACGACGCCGUCAUCGCCGCCACGAGGAUUCGAGCUACCACCGGCAAUUAUCCGACAGAGAGAGGGAGAGGGAGAGAAGGAGUGAGCGAGGGCACGGCAGGGAGAGAACAGCCGCCGCCAACGUCAGUAGUGUCUCGAACGACGCAUAUAGAGGACGGUAUGUUCUAA